GUCUUAGGAAGAGACGCAUGAGCGUCAUGCGUCUCUACUUCGAAUUAAACCAGCGGCGAAGGCAGUAGCUCCUCACUUACGAACGCAGACAGCAAACACUCACGGAGGCGGCGAUUUCUUCCUAGAUUCGGCGAAAGAAGACGAUUUCGACUUGUUUUCCGAUUAGAUGGCGACUUCAAGUUCUACUGGACAUUUAUUGUAUGGACCCGAAGACCCGUCCGUGUUAAAUAUGCAAAAAAAUCACAUUUCAAAUAAACUGAUGAAAGGGGGAACAACCCAAGUAUUUAAAGUCCGAAGGACUGAAAGUAAGACUUGGGACGCCGUGAUUCACGAGAAUGUAAGAUAUUGGCUUGACGUCUUUGGUUUCAAAGGCGUGAUCGAUUGUGGGAAGCCAAUGAAGGUCGACAAUGAGCUGAUCACGGCGUUGAUUGAGCGUUGGAGGCCGGAGACACACACAUUCCAUCUACCGAUCGGUGAGACGACGAUCACCUUGGAAGAUGUGCAAGCCAUCUGGGGCUUGAGGGCGGAUGGCGUCGUUUUCACGGGUCGUGACUAUCAUGACAACUUUCCAGAUUGGACCAGCAAGUGCCGCGAUCUGUUGGGAUGGAUACCAGAUUCUUCCACAGAGACAAAGCAAGGCGGUUUGCUGAUGACCGCGCUGAUCAACCAGACAAGGAUGCCUCUGGGUGAUGACCUGCCUACUUACGUAUACAUCCAAAGAGCACGUAUCCAUGCCCUAAUUUUAUUAGGAGGUCUCAUUCUACCGGAUACCACGGGGUGUAAGGUGCCAUUUAUGUGGUUGAAUGGGCUUGGGGAUCCGGAAGAGGUGAAGAAUAUAAGUUGGGGAAGCGCGGCAUUGGCCUACCUUUAUCAUUAUCUAUGCGAGGCUUCCAUGGAUAAGAGAAAAGAGUUGGGCGGCCCUAUGAUCCUCCUGCAGCUAUGGGCGUGGGAAAGAAUGCCCACAUUGAGGCCUGCGUUCAUAGGACCAAAGGUGCACGAGCCAUAUACACCAUGUGGCGCCAGGUGGAGAGGAACAACGCAGAUAGGAAAUGCUCCAAGACACUCGGUUGAGCAUUACCGUGACCAAUUAUCUCUGAUUAGACCUGGCCAGCUUGCUAUCAAAUUUUGUUCCACCAUUAAUCCGAUAUGGGUGUUCUUCAUCCCAGUACAUGGUACUGCGUUCAUUACCAACUUCAGUGUUGAAAGAUUGAAGGAAACUUACCGAAAUAUGACGGGAGUCGCCAAGAAAUCGCCAAGGAAAUCGCAACCUUUGCUGUCUGCGUGCGUGAAUGAGGAGCUACUGCCUUCUCAGCUGGUUUAA